CGCUCGGCUCCGCGCGGUGAGGUCAUGCCGGCCCGGACCGAGACCCUCCCCGACACCGACAGCAGUAUGGAGCCGCCGAGCGACGCCGCCGCGAGCCCCGAGAGGGCUCAGAAACACCGCAAGAACAAGAAAGAGAAAAAGAAGAAGCACUCGGAUAAACAUCAGUCACCUAAAGAGCAAUGUUCUCAGCUCAAAGAAAAUGGAAAGCUGGAGGAUGGUGAGGAGACAGGUGAAGAUAGCAACUUGUUGCCCCCCAAAGCCAAGAAACACAAGACACGAGGUGAUGCUCGCGGCGAAGUCUCUCUCAAAAAGAGCAAGGGAGAGAAAAAUGGAACAGGCACAAAUGCAACAGUGACAAAGGAGAUCAAAGUGGAAACUAUCCCACUAUCCAGUGAAUCCAGUUGCGACUCGGAGGUUGAACAGGAACCUAGUGAGGCAUCGGAGGAGUUGACUCAGGAACAGAGGGAAGGGGCCUUUUCGAAUUUUAAAAUAUCCCAGGAGACCAUUGAGCUGCUGAAGGGUAGAGGAGUGACCUACCUGUUUCCCAUCCAAGUUCAGACAUUCAAUUUUGUGUACAACGGGCAGGACUGCGUGGCUCAGGCCAGAACCGGGACUGGGAAAACCUUCUCGUUCGCCAUCCCACUGGUGGAGAAACUGCAAUCUUCACAGCUCGAGAGGAAGAGAGGCCGAGCUCCCCAGGUGCUGGUGCUCACUCCAACCAGGGAACUGGCGAUCCAGGUGGCCAGAGAUUUCAAAGAUGUAACCAAGAGACUGUCGGUCGCUUGUUUUUAUGGUGGAACCGAUUACAAACCACAGAUCUUCAGCAUUCGCAGUGGCAUUGAUAUCCUGGUGGGCACCCCGGGCCGUAUCAGGGACCAUCUCCAGAACCAGAAGGUGGACCUGUCCCAAGUGAAGCACGUGGUCCUGGACGAGGUGGACCAGAUGCUGGACAUGGGCUUCGCGGACCAAGUGGAGGAUAUCCUCGGGGUCGCGUACAAGAAAGAUUCCCAGGAAAACCCUCAGACGCUCCUCUUUUCUGCCACCUGCCCGCCCUGGGUUUAUUCCGUCGGAAAAAAGUAUAUGAAGGGAAAAUUUGAGCAGAUUGACUUAAUCGGGAAGCGGACGCAAAAAGCAGCCACAACUGUUGAACACUUGGCUAUAGAGUGCCACUGGUCGCAGCGAGCCGCAGUGAUUGGGGACGUGAUCCAGGUCUACAGUGGCAUCCAAGGCCGGACCAUCAUCUUCAGUGAAACCAAGAGGGAAGUGAGUGAGCUGGCAGUGAAUCCUUACAUCAAACAGGACACACAGUGUUUACACGGAGACAUUCCACAGAAGCAGAGAGAGAUCACCCUGAAGGGGUUCCGGGAUGGCACAUUUGGGGUCCUGGUAGCCACAAAUGUAGCGGCGAGAGGCUUAGACAUUCCAGAAGUAGAUCUGGUCAUCCAGUGCUCCCCACCCAAGGACGUGGAUUCUUACAUCCACCGCUCAGGUCGCACAGGCAGGGCAGGACGCACUGGAGUCUGCAUUUGUUUCUACCAACGCAGGGAGGAGGAGCAGCUGAGAUAUGUGGAGCAGAAAGCCGGAUUGACUUUCAAACGUGUUGGCGUUCCGACCACCAACGAUAUCAUCAAAGCAUCGAGCAAGGACGCAUUAAAAUGCCUGGAGUCUGUUACACCGGCAGCGAUUGAACUCUUCAAUACGAUUGCAGAGAAGCUGAUAGCUGAGCGCGGUGCCGUGGAAGCCCUGGCUGCUGCCCUGGCACACAUCUCAGGAGCAUCCAGCAUCGAACAGCGCUCGCUCCUUACCUCAGACGCAGGCUUCAUUACUUUAGUCAUGUCCUGCUCUGUAGAGAUGCACAACAUCAGUCUUGCUUGGAAGGAACUCAGGGAGCAGUUCGGAUCCGUAGAUGAUAAAGUGAAGAGGAUGAGGUUCCUCAAGGAUAAAAUGGGAGUGUGUUUCGACGUCGCUGUGGCCUCCCUGAAAGAGUUACAGGAGCAGUGGAAGGACUCUCGUCGCUGGCAGCUGUCUGUGGCCACUGAGCUGCCGGAACUUGAGGAGAGCCAACGUGACGGAGACUUCAGGAACCAUUCAUUCAACGGGAGGGGAGGAUUCAACAGGAGAGGAGGAGGGUUCAACAGGAGAGGACGAGGAGGAGGAGGAGGAGGAGGAGGGUUCAAUAGGGGUCGCAAUGGGAGAGGCACCAAGAGGAGUUUUGACCGAGCAUUUGAUCGAUAGUGUAGAUUCCUGCAGCCUGUCAGAUACAGAACCAGAACUCAUUGUCUCCACCUCCACCAUGGAGACAGACAAUCUUACAGUUACUGGCUGCCACGCACAGGACAAGGCACCGUGCUGAUAGUUAUCCAUUUAUCAGAGAUCUCUUCAAAGUUGUUGGGUAAGAACUGGCCGUUAGAAGUCAUUUACGUGGAUGAUGAUUUCAAUGAAAUUAAAGCUUGUUCCUUUAA